AUGCUACUAGCCUAUGAGCUAGCUUGGUGUCCACGUAACCGAUUUGGUGCAAAGCAGAAUUUCUACCUGAUUGACCCCUAUCUCGUGUACUUCAUUGCCACACUUCUCUGUCGAAGGCUGAUAUGGCAAGUUAUUCAAGGACUGACAACACUGAUUUUACCAAGCUCCAUUUCUAAACAUGUGCUGGAAUUCCUCAAGCUUUUCGUGAUUGGAGCAAUAGUUGGGAAUCUCUUGUGGUGUACGUACCACAUCUUCCAGAAUCAUCCAGUGAUGAACUUCUGUUAUUUAUUUUAUCCGUUUGCUGUGUAUGUGAUACUGUUUUGGCCAUGCAUGAAUGCCUUCUUUGAUCUCAUACCUUCUUGUGAGCCAAGAGAGGAUAGAGUGAAGACUUCCAAAGCAGGCCUCUAUCACACAUGCUCAUCCUCACCACAAACAAUAAGAGGAGAGGUGGAGAUGCUCAAAGGAGAUUUCAAUCUCCGAAUGAGGCAUGUCCUCUUCAAUUCCCUGCUGAAUGCAUAUUAUGUUGGAUUUCUUCCAUGCUGCUUUGCCCAAACAGCACUGCAUUAUGAUGUGACUUGGGCAACUCUACAUUUGGCUUACAUCUGGGUCAGCUGCUUCAUAUUUCAUAUGAUCCAUUGUUAUCCUCCACGUUACUGUGACACCCUUCAUAGGGCAGCUUUGCACUUGGGGCGGUGGAGCAAGGUAGAGGGUCGGCAUGCUUAUUUGCCAUAUGCCCUGCACAACGUGAUUCGAGUGCAUGCGCCUGAUGAGGCGGUUCUGUCACGUAUCUUGGAUGACCUCGACCUAAUCAGUCCCGUGGAUGUAUGGAGAUGGAGGAGGGAAUCGGUUGACUUCAUGAUUGCCCCAGCUGCUCUUCAUCAUCUCAUUGCCCAGCUACACGACAGUCAUAUUUCUUAUGAAAUCCUCAUUCCAAAUGUCCAACGAUUGCUGGAUUCUGAGAAGGCAGCUCCAAAGGGUUCCAAGAUGGACUGGAUAUCAUACCACCGCCUUGCUGAUGCAAGUCCACACCCAUCUAUUCAUGAGUAUAUGGAUACUUUGGCUGCAGAUUAUUCUCAUAUGGUAGAAGUUUUCAGCAUUGGAACCAGUACGAUGGGGCAUGAUCUCAUGGUGAUGAAGGUAUCUACAGGGAAUGCCACCCGCAGCUUUUGGAUCGAUGGAGGGAUCCAUGCAAGAGAGUGGAUUUCUCCAGCUACAAGCACAUACAUCAUGCGGGAAUUCGUAGAGAACUACGAUGUCCACAAGGAUGUGGUAGAUCUCUACGACUGGUACUUCCUCCCAGUAGUGAAUCCUGAUGGAUACGAAUAUUCACAGACUGAAAAUCGCUUAUGGAGAAAGACGCGAUCCGAUCAUGAUUCUCCUUCGGGGUGCAUUGGUGUCGAUUCGAACAGGAACUUUGACUUUCAUUGGAUGGAGUCCGGCGCAAGCUCAGACAAAUGCAGUGAAAUCUAUGCUGGCCCAGAGGCCGAAUCUGAGCCGGAGAACAGAGCCAUUCGGGACUUCCUUAUGCAGUUCGUUGAGGAUACAGGCGUGAGCAGCUUUGAGGUCCUCCUCUCCCUUCAUUCCUAUGGGCAGCUGUGGCUUAGCCCAUGGGGAUAUGCAGACAUCAAACCGGAAGAUUAUUCCGACUUGGAAGAGCUUGGCUUGGUAGGAGUUGAAGCCAUUUUUCAGGUCCAUGGACUGGAGUAUACUUUUGGGACUUCUCCCGAUGUCCUCUAUUUGUCAUCAGGAGGCACAAAGGAUUGGUCGAAGGGGGUUGCAGGAAUCAAGUAUUCAUACACGAUAGAGUUACGCGAUACUGGAUUCCAUGGGUUUGUCCUUCCUCCGGAGGAAAUCAUCCCAACGGGGGAGGAGAUAUUGUCUGCUGUAAAAGCUUGUGCCCUCCAUCUGCAAGGGAAGGGCAGAACCAUGGCUCAGCCGCACGUGUAAAUUACUUCACCUUGUAACACGGGAAUGAAGGAAGUUUGAAGCUCCUUGUAUGUCUUUCUCUUCCUUCUCAUAGAGGCACAUCAUUCUUGUCAUCAUAUGGCACAUUGCGUAUGGUAAGCAGGUAAUGCUACCUAAUCAUCAGCAGUUGAUGAACAGCAUAUGCGUAUUGUGUAUUUUGUUUUGUCUGUCCC